GCGUCGAGCUCCGUGAGGCGGCGCCGCCUCCGCCGCCGCCGCGCGAGGAGAACCGGGGCGGUCUGUUCCUCACUGGUGAUGGCGAUUAUCCAUUUUUAAAAGGGAAUCGGCAUCCGCGGAGCUUUCCAAGAAGGGCAGAGAGGGGCGAGGCCGGCCGGGAUCGAGCGGGCCUGGCGGCGACGGCCGAGGAACCGCGGAUGGCGGCGACCGUGGCCGGCGGCUGAUUCCGCCCUCCCGGUCGGUCGGUCUGCCUGAGGGGAGCGAUGUCGAACGCGGGCACCCGGAGGGCCGGCUCGAGCAUCAAAGUCCGCCUCACAGUGCUUUGUGCCAAGAAUCUUGCAAAGAAAGAUUUCUUCAGGCUUCCUGACCCCUUUGCAAAGAUUGUGGUGGAUGGGUCUGGUCAGUGCCACUCCACUGACACUGUGAAGAACACCUUAGAUCCCAAAUGGAACCAGCAUUAUGAUUUAUACGUUGGAAAGUCAGAUUCUAUCACCAUCAGUGUCUGGAACCAUAAGAAAAUUCACAAGAAACAGGGAGCUGGCUUCCUGGGAUGUGUCCGGCUUCUUUCUAACGCCAUCAGCAGGCUAAAAGAUACGGGAUACCAGCGUUUGGAUCUAUGCAAACUAAAUCCCACAGACACUGAUGCAGUACGAGGCCAGAUAGUCGUCAGCCUACAGACACGAGACAGGAUAGGCACUGGAGGGUCUGUAGUAGACUGCAGGGGGCUCCUGGAGAAUGAAGGAACGGUUUAUGAAGACUCAGGACCUGGGAGGCCCCUGAGCUGCUACAUGGAAGAGCCAGCCCCAUAUACGGACAGCACCGGAGCUGCUGGGGGAGGGAACUGCCGAUUUGUGGAAUCCCCUGGCCAGGAUCAGACGUUGCAGGUCCAGCGGUUGAGGGGUCCUGAUGUAAGAAGCCAUGUCCAGACCCCCCAGAAUAGGCCCCACGGCCACCAGUCACCAUCACCAGACCUGCCUGAAGGCUAUGAGCAAAGGACAACAGUACAGGGACAAGUUUACUUUUUGCAUACACAAACUGGGGUUAGCACCUGGCAUGAUCCCAGGAUACCAAGAGACCUUAACAGUGUGAAUUGUGAUGAACUUGGGCCUCUGCCUCCAGGCUGGGAGGUUAGAAGUACAGUAUCAGGAAGAAUAUAUUUUGUAGAUCAUAAUAACAGAACCACACAGUUCACAGACCCAAGACUGCAUCACAUAAUGAAUCACCAAUGCCAACUAAAAGAACCCAACCAGCCUUUGCAAGGACCAAACGAGGGGUCGCUGGAUGACGGCGAGGAGUUGCCUGCUCAGAGAUACGAGCGUGACUUGGUGCAGAAGCUGAAGGUCCUCCGACAUGAACUCUCCCUCCAGCAACCCCAAGCUGGUCACUGCCGCAUCGAAGUAUCGAGGGAAGAAAUAUUUGAGGAAUCUUACCGUCAGAUAAUGAAGAUGAGGCCAAAAGAUCUGAAGAAGAGACUGAUGGUGAAAUUUCGGGGAGAAGAAGGCUUAGAUUAUGGCGGAGUGGCAAGGGAAUGGCUGUACCUUCUGUGCCACGAAAUGCUGAAUCCAUAUUAUGGGCUUUUCCAGUACUCAACUGAUAAUAUUUACACGCUGCAAAUAAAUCCAGAUUCCUCCAUCAACCCGGAUCACCUGUCUUACUUCCACUUUGUUGGUCGAAUAAUGGGGCUGGCGGUGUUCCACGGGCACUACAUCAAUGGGGGUUUCACGGUUCCUUUCUACAAACAGCUGUUGGGCAAGCCCAUCCAGUUAUCUGACCUGGAAUCAGUUGACCCAGAGCUACAUAAAAGCCUAGUUUGGAUUUUAGAGAAUGACAUCACUCCGGUUCUGGACCAUACGUUCUGCGUGGAACACAAUGCUUUUGGCAGAAUUCUGCAACAUGAACUCAAACCGAAUGGGAGGAAUGUUUCUGUUACGGAGGAGAACAAGAAAGAAUAUGUCAGGUUGUAUGUGAACUGGCGGUUCAUGAGAGGAAUUGAAGCCCAAUUCCUGGCCCUUCAGAAAGGUUUUAAUGAACUCAUUCCUCAACACCUGCUGAAGCCUUUUGACCAGAAGGAACUUGAGCUCAUAAUUGGCGGCCUAGAUAAGAUCGAUCUGAAUGACUGGAAGUCCAACACGCGUCUGAAGCACUGCAUGGCUGACAGCAAUAUUGUCAAGUGGUUCUGGCAAGCCGUGGAGGCCUUUGACGAGGAAAGGAGAGCGCGGCUGCUCCAGUUUGUGACAGGCUCCACACGGGUCCCCCUUCAGGGUUUCAAGGCUUUGCAAGGUUCUACAGGCGCCGCAGGACCCAGGCUGUUCACUAUCCAUUUGAUAGACGCAAAUACAGACAACCUUCCAAAAGCUCAUACUUGCUUUAACCGAAUUGACAUUCCGCCUUACGAGUCCUACGAGAAGCUUUACGAGAAGCUACUGACAGCCGUGGAGGAGACUUGCGGCUUUGCGGUGGAGUGAACAGGCAACCAAAGGAAACAGAUACUAGCUCACGGACCACCAAAUCAAAAGCUGUAAGGAGAGGCUUGCUGUGAACUUCUUUUUGUCCAAAGUGUUGGGAUGCUUGACGACGAGGGGUGCUAAGGCUGUGACAGCAUCGGGGAAGGGCGGGAGACUUUUUUCUUUUUCUUUUUUCUUUUUUUGGAAGUUCCCAAACAUACUUCCUCCCUUUCGUCGUACCAUAAUCUUCCCCUUCCUUUCUUCAUUCCCCGGAAAAACGCAAAACAGGCAGCCAGGUUCAGCAUUUGGCUUUGGUUACCCGAGAUAUUCUGCUAGAUUUGUAACACAUAUUGUGAUAAGGUCAACGACCUGUGGUCUUUUUUAUAGGAGAAUCAAACUGUAGUUGAGUAUCUUGCCGUUGGUUUGCUGAGGACUUUGAUUGGUAGGUGUACGUGGAUGUUUGUCUUCGACGCAGCCCUGAACCCUUGUAGAGUCCAGAAGCAAUGGAGAUGGAGAUGAGACUGGCACUGUAAUUCCAAAUAGCACAUUUCAGGAGACCCGUUAAGGAAUGGCUAGCAGAGCACAGCUCUGUAAGCCUAGGCAAAUGAGGAUUAUUCCUUGACAGGAAGCUUUUUAUGUGAAUGAGGUGACUUGGCUCUUAAGAGGAAAAAAUUAAAGAGAAUCAAGCCAUCUUGAAUAAUACUCUUGUGUUUUUUUUUCAUUUGGGGGUAUGCUUUGCACAGAAGAUAGAUUGGUUCUGUGGAAUAUUUUUUUCUUUUUCUUUUUGUGGUCCCUGGCGUAGGUUAAGAGAAACAGGGCAUGGCUCAGAUUCUUAAGAGAAUCCACCUCCCCCCCCACCCCGCAAAUAAAAUUCUUCUCGCUCUGUUUUUUUUUAAAUGCUUUCAUUGUGAUGUGAAAUGGCAGAAAUUCUUUCCAGAGGAAAUAGCUAAUAGCAAAGAUAACGGAAUCUGGUUCCGUUUCUGAGCCAUCUGGAAUGUAGAGCGGCUCUUGUGAAAAAUUCUAACAGAGGCCUUAGCCUAUAGCAGUGUUUCUCAGCCUUGGCCACUUGAAGGUGUGUGGACUUCAACUCCCAGAAUUCCCCAGCCAGCAAGGCUGGCUGGGGAAUUCUGGGAGUUGAAGUCCACACACCUUCAAGUGGCCAAGGCUGAGAAACACUGGCCUACAGAGACUGAGUAACCCAAAUAGCUGUUUCCAGCUUCUCUCCUUUUUUCCCUGUCCCUGAUACAUCUCAGCCCAAUUUUCACGAUUGAUAUAAUGUGUUUUUCCUCCAUGCGACUUCCAGGGGGAGAAGAAUCAAAAGUGGUAAGAUCCCCCUGUCAAACACUUCUUUUUAAUUUGCACAGGCAAGAUGGCAGUCAUUGUAACAACAUAACAUUUCUUGGGGUCAAAAAAUUCCACUAAUCAUCAAGUGUAACUUUGACACUUUGUGAGAGUUUUCCUUCCCCCCUUUACAAAGAAGCAUAUUAACAGGUGUCGAACUUCAUACGUGGGUCAUAUUGGUGUGGGCUUGUUUUUGUUUGUUUUUGUCUGUCUACAAGGAUAUUUCUUAUCGUCACCUAUAAAACAAAUUGACAUUGAUAAUAGCUUUAAACUGUGAUAGGACAAACCAAAAUUAGAUACUUGUCCGAAUCCCAAAAUCGUUUCCUCCUGUUUAUUCAGUUGACUGUAAGUCUCGCAAUUUUGCUGAUGGAAAACGAACCAGUCCAUUUGAGAAAGGAAAUCUACCUUUGUGAUAUUUGCACCACGUGGCAAAAGAUUGGGUUUUGUGGUUGACUUAACUGACUUGCAGUGACCUUCGGGGAUCCGUUUGCACUUAAGAGACCAUUUAAAUGCAUUGUGGAUAAUUUGGGAUUAGAUCGAGAGAAUUUGAGGGUUUUUCAAAUCUUUAAGUACCUUAACAGACCUCUGGACAGUAGAAAUCAACCACCCCUGAUUUUCCAAGGGCUUUUGAAGAUAAUAUGCUUUCUGUGGGUCACGACUCAUCCUAUUGGUGGCAUUCAAGCAUGCAAAGAAUUGUAAAGAUGUGAAUUCCUCUUCCCACUAAAAUUGUUUCCACCGCCUGUUUCCCAGGUGUAAGGGGUGGGAAAUUCUCCUCAAACCAGACCGUUACACUGGCUGGCCACCUAAUAUUAGCAAAAAAUAUGACCAUGGCAUCUACAGGCCAAUCCUUCCAUCAUUCUUGUCUCAUAGUUCUGCAUCAGUCACGUCCAAAACCAAGGACAUGGGAACGAGUCAAGGAACUUGAAAUGCAAAAGGCAGGCUGUCGCAGUCCCCAAAUCGCAUGAAAGUUCGCCUGAGGAGGAGAGGAUAGUGUGGUGCGAAUGGGUUCUCCAUGAUGGUAGUGUGGAGAAUGGGAAAAAGUAUCCCUUAACAAUUUUACUCACUCCCCCAAUUUUCUCCUCCUAGCGGUGUCAUUGGUCAUUAACCAAGACCCAGCUGCUGUUCUGUCCCUUGAGGUUUUGAGGCAGGAUCGGCUGGGGCUGGGAGGGCAGGGCAAGGCAAACUAAGGAGCCACGUCCUGUUUCUGAGGAGAGGCCUGGAGGACCUUCGGCUUCUGCCCCAGCUGAGCACUCCACAUUGCCUCCCCCUGAGAGCAUCUAUAAAAGACGAACGGGGAGGUGGAAUUCUCUUAGCGUCAGGUCGGUUGAAGGAUCCCCUCUGCUGAAAGCUUUGUGACGGGUAAACUCUUAAGGCAAAGCAUACAUGUUACAGGAGACACGUUAAAGCCCUGGUGUUGCUCUUGAUGAACAGGUACCACCUGCAGCAGGUGGUAGGGCAGGCCAGCAGGAUCCCACCGUAAGUCUGGGUUACGUGCGAGCGGAGCGUGAAACUCCCGACCCUGCCCCAAAGUCUUCCCUGUGAGAAGCAUUUGCUGCUUUUCCAUGAGGAGAUAGGAAACUCUGGUUUAGUUGUGAUGCCAGCUCAGAGGGAAAAGAAGGGGGAAAGGGCUUGCGUUUCUAGUCCCCUCCUCCGCCAGGUUAUCCCAUCCGGAGCCUCUUGAAACAGCCUUCAGCACCUGUAGCCAGAGAUGAGCAGCGCCUGGUCCAGGGAUGCAAAAAUCUCUCUGUGUGCAUUUUUUGUUUACUUGCCCUGAAAUGCCUCAUCCUGCCUUGAUGCACUCAGGGACGCAGGAAAUCAGCACUUGUUUUGCAUUACAAAUUGGAAGGGCGUGAACAGCUCCAAGUUCAGAGUAGUACCUCUUGAACCAACGUCCUGCUUGUUGAUGCUUUAAAGGGAUUGCUUGCUCGGCGUUGGUUCUCAGGCCUCAGCAAUUGUUCAAAAUCCCCUCCCUCUCUCAACCAUGACCCAGUAUUCUGCACUGUAGAGCCCAGAAAGUUUUCCAGAAUUGCAGUACGUCUUUUUCUCGUUUUUUUGUUGUUGUUAUCAUCAUUCUUUAACCACUUUAUAAUGUGUUUUUUAACUUAUUCUUUUGUAAUGUCUUGGGUUUUUAAAUAUUGCUGCUACACUUGUUACUCUUCUCACCAUUUUUAUUGCAGAUUUUAUUUUGUAAAAAAAAAAAAAAGUUGUACACUAAUGGUUUUUUUUUUUGUCAUUUUAUGUCUAAAUCAAAGUAUUUAAAAGAAAUGCUAGUUCUAUUUAAUGUGUUAUGGAGCCGGCUGGAAUAAACAGUGAUUGUGUAGUAGGCUGGGCCCAGGAAGGUCAUGUCCAUUUUUGUUACAUAUGCAAUAAACUCUCACAACUUUA